AUGGAGUGUUCAUUUGGUAUCACAGGCAAGGACUACGUUCUCCUCUGUUCAGAUAUGGCAGCAGGACGAUCGAUUGUUCGAAUGAAAUCUGAUGAAAACAAAAUCAAGACUUUAGGACCUCACUUAGCUAUGGCUUACGGUGGUGAACCUGGAGAUACCAACAACUUUGCCGAGUUCGUAGAGAGGAAUAUGAGACUAUACCAUAUCAGAAACCAUUACCCACUUUUGCCUGAAGCUGCAUCAGCAUGGGUACGACGUACAUUAGCUGAAUCCAUUCGAUCCAAACAUCCUUAUGCUGUCAAUCUACUUUUAGCAGGAUAUGAUACAACAACUUGCAAACCUCAUUUAUAUUGGAUAGAUUAUUUAGGUACAAAAGCGGUCGUACCAUAUGCAGCUCACGGAAUGGGUGUUUACGUCUCUUUGAGUACAAUGGAUAAAUGGUGGUUUAAUGAUAUGAACAAGAGAGAAGGUGUGGAAGUAUUGAAAAAAUGUCUUGAUGAGGUGAAGAAACGUCUUACCGUACAUUUCAACUUCAACUGUAUCUUGAUUGACAAAGAUGGUAUUCACAAGAUCAACAUGGAUUCAGAAGAUCCAAUUUCAGAAUUUGAAGCUUCGCAACCUAAAGAUAUUCAAGUCGAAGUUCCUAAUCCUCCUAUCGAUGUAGGUGUCACUGCUUAG